AUGGAGUCAACAUGGGGUAUAAUUGUUGGAGAUGCGUUUUUCAAAGGACAAAUUACUAUGGAUAUAGUGAGGUUAGAUAAACAUUUUCGUAGAAUUUGGAGAUCAAAAUUAAGUUUGGAUUCUUAUCCAUUAGACCUUAAACAACUUUGUGAAGAGCUUCAUGAAGAUAAGCUUCUAGAAUAUCAAGAUAAGUUUAAUCUGGAAAAUCAAACUGGUGUAAAAAGAUUAUGUGAAGAUUGUAAUAAUUCAACAUACGCUACUCAGUUCUGUGAAUUUUGCAUUCGGAAUUAUUUGAUACAAACUUUUGACAAAUGGGAUUCUGGAAAUGAUAAAAUUAAUAAAUUAAUUCAAGAGACGCAAGAGAACGUGAUCUGUCCAUAUCAGGUUGUAGAAUGGAUUCCUUAUGAAAAUUUUGAUAAUAUAAAUUUGCUUGAUCAAGGUGGCUUUUCAACGGUUUUUACGGCGACAUGGGAAAAUGGAUAUUUUAACGAAUGGAAUUCUAUAACAAAGUCAUUAGAAAGACGUGGUGAACCACAACAGAUAGUUUUAAAACAAUUAAAUUCUAGCACGGAUGACAGUUGGCUUAAUGAGAAGCGCGUUCAACGUCUUUUCGCAGAAGCAGUUAUAGGUGGAAUGCGUCCAGAUAUUAAUAUGGGAAUACCAGAAAAAUACAAAACUUUAAUGCAACAAUGUUGGGAUGCAGAUCCGGUAAAAAGACCAGAUACUUUAAAAAUUUGGCAAAGGGAAAUCUUAAAUAUUUCUAAAGAACCAAUUUUUUUAUCCGAAGAUCAAAAAUUACAAUCAAGAAUGUCUACGUCUUGUAUCCUUGCGCCAUUUAAAAAUUCUCUAAAACCUAUUAAUACUUCACCAGAAACAUCUAAUAUUAAAUCGAUGGAGUCCACAUAUGGUAUAAUUGUUGGAGAUGCUUUUUUCAAAGGGCAAAUUACUACGGAUAUAGUGAGGUUAGAUAAACAUUUUCGUAGAAUCUGGAGAUCAAAAUUAAGUUUAGAUUCUUAUCCGUUAGACCUUAAACAACUUUGUGAAGAGCUUCGUAAAGAAUUUCGCAACGAUAAUUCUCUUAAAGUUCAAGAAAAGGAAUAUUUAGAAAGUAAGCUUCUAGAAUAUCAAGAUAAGUUUAAUCUGGAAAACCAAACUGGUGUAAAAAGAUUAUGUGAAGAUUGUAAUAAUUCAACAUACGCUACUCAGUUCUGUGAAUUUUGCAUUCGGAAUUAUUUAAUGCAAAAUUUUGACAAAUGGGAUUCUGGAAAUGAUAAAAUUAAUAAAAUAAUUCAAGAGACGCAAAAGAAUGUGGUCUGUCCAUAUCAGGUUGUAGAAUGGAUUCCUUAUGAAAAUUUUGACAAUGUAAAGAUGCUUAAUAAAGGUGGCUUUUCAACAGUUUUUACGGCGACUUGGAAAAAUGGAUAUUUUAACAGAUGGAAUUCUAUAACAAAAUCAUUAGAAAGACGUGGUGAACCGCAACAAAUAGUUUUAAAAGAAUUGUAUUCUAGAAAACCAAAUGACAGUUGGCUUAAUGAGAAGCGCGUUCAACGUCUUUUCGCAGAAGCAGUUAUAGGUGGAAUGCGUCCAGAUAUCAACAUAGGAAUACCAGAAAAAUAUAAAAUUUUAAUGCAACAAUGUUGGGAUGCAGAUCCGGUUAAAAGACCAGAUACUUUAACAAUUUGGCAAAAAAUUCGUGAAUUACGACGAGACUUUAUCGAUAAUGGGAAUAGGUUUUUUGAAAAUGAUAUUUUAAACAUUUCUAAGGACCAUAUUAUUUUAUCCAAAGAUCAAACAUUACAAUCAAGAAUGUCUACGUCUUGUAUUCUUGCGCCUUUUCAAGAUUCUUCAAAACCUAUUAAUGUUUCGCCGGGUCAGUAUUAUUUUAUUUAA